AUGGCGUGGUCCUUAAAGAAGAUAUUCAAAUUAAGGCAAAGUGUGGGCAAUAUGGUUCAAAUUCGGUUUGGCGAUGGGAGGGGUACUCUGUUUUGGCAAUAUACGUGGUUCGAAGGUAAAUUAAUCAUUACUAGACAAGAGUUCCAAAGGGUUCGUAUACGACCGGAUUUUCAAAAUGUGUUGGUUAGAGAAGUGAAAGAAGGGAUAUGGGGAUGUCUUUUGAGGAGAAUACUAGGAGGGCAGCGUGUUCUCAAGCAGCUCAACCGAAUCAAGUUUCACAAUAGAAUUGACUCACACACAUUGGAAGCCAAAAAAGAUGGGAGACUAAAAUCCAGCAAGGUUUGGAAGGUGAUCCGAGAAAGGGAGCAGAUUGUUGAAUGGGCUCCUUUAGUUUGGUCAUCGAAAGACAUUAUGAGGCAUCAAUUUAUUCUAUGGUUAGUGUUUUGUGGGAGAUUGAAUACGAGGGAUAGGAUAAAGAAAUACAUGAAUAUCCCGGAUACAAGUUGUCUAUUAUGA